AAAACAUCACUAAUUGACAGGGAAAAGAACAGGGACAGGGAACAUCAGUUCAGUUGCCAAUUUUCCAAAACAAAUGAAGAUGAUUUAUUACUGAAAUUGAAAAUGGCACAACAUAGUGAAAACUUAGAUUUUUCCGCUUUAUUUAAGCUAGAUGUUUUAGUUCACCUAGAUAUCGUCAAUCAUAGUUUUUACGAAGUCGGCCUAAAGAAAUUUUUGGCAUUUUCAAGUGAUAAAGAACUCGUUUUCUUGUAUAUUAAUCCUCAGCUGGAAAGGUUUGAUAAUGUUUACGAUUGGGAUUUUAAUGAUAAUCCUGUAUAUUGUAUGUGUUUUGAACCGAGCGGUACUUGGCUACUUAUAGUGAGUGAGCAAAAGGUGCUACUUGUACCUUUUCUUCCAUUAUUUACACCAGAAAACUUAUAUGACUGCAAGUGGUCAUCUUCAAGAGUUACUGUUUUACCGCUUGGUGAUAUACCAGAGCCAACAUCUGUAGUCUGGUGGUUGACAAAGGAAUCGGAAAAUAUAAUUAUUAUUGGAUCAAAGACAGGAGUAGUAACAUUUUAUUCCUUGGAGUCCCAGACUAUUGUAGGUGAAGUUAAAGUUGCUGGAGAAAUUUUGGAAUUACAAAUAUGUUUUGAUGAUUCCUUGGACUUAUUAGCUCUGUUGAUCUCAAGCGGACAAUCUCAGCAGUGGAAGUUGAUUUUGGAACACAGAUCUUUGGGCUACAACUGGCUUCAACAAACUCGAGCUCAAAAUGAUAGAGAAAAAAAAGAUGGAUUUAUGUCUUACAUCAGACAACUGUCAAAGGAUAAAAUAACAUUUUUCACUCAAGGUGGAUCUAGAGAUGAUAAAUCUCAGACUGUGGAAUAUGUAUUGAAACCAGUUGAAUAUCUGCCGAUGUUCCGAAAGGGCUCUAAUAAUUGGGCUUUAACAGCACAAUAUGUGAAUGGACGUCAUUUCUUAACUGCAUUUGAAUUGAAUGAAGGGACAUUGAUUCUCGAAAGUCCAGAAGAUGAUACUCCAUCAAGGACAUUAAGACCUCACAUAAAGAAGGAUGGCCUAUAUAUUCAAGGCUUGUGGUCACAGAGACUUAUUUAUUUACUGAGGAAGAAUGAACUUGAAGUGCACAGUGCUAAUUUCUCUGUAGUUCAGGGCGACGGCCUGCUAGGCGCUAAGAGGGAGUUCAGCGAGCUGUGGUCGGUGGAGCUGAUAGGCGACGUGCAGCGCGCCUACCUGAUGCGGGCUCGCGCGCCGCCCGCGCCCUCGCCCGGCUGGCGCGAGCCCACCUUCCUCUGCGACCUGCAGCUGCCCCGCUUCCCCGUCGAGCCCUGUCUGGUCGUCACCAGCUGUGGCGCCUACAUACUCAAUACUGUGCGCGAGCCUUCAGAGUGGCUGGUGAGCCUGAUAAUGCGUGGGGGCGUGGGUGCAGAGCAGUCUGCGGCGGCGCUGGGCGCGUGCGUGCCCACGUUGCUGCGUGCCGCCGCGGACCUGCUCAUGUCGCGAGGCAAGGUCGCGCCUGCGCAGUACCUUUUCUCCCUCUCACAGAGCCAGCCGGACGGCUGGGUGGCUCGGCUGGGCGUGUUCGGGCGCCUGCACGAGCUGUCCAUGUACAAGGCGGGUUCAGACGUGCAGUUCGCUACAUUGAGUGAGAAGGAGUUACUGGAGGUGACGUCACUGGCGGCGGGCGUGGGGCUGUGGGCGCUGGCGCCGCUGUUCAGCGUGCGCGCCGGCCAGCCGCACUUGCUGCUGGCGGCGGUGCGGGGGGUGCGGGGGGCGCGGCGGGUGCAGGGGGCGCAGGGGGCGCAGGGGGCGCUGUGCCGCGGCGCGCUGGCCUGCCUGCUGCGCCACGCCUGCCUGCUGCCCAUACUGCUGGAGGAGAACGGACAGUGGCUAUUCGACUUUAUAACAGACAAAUGUCAUACUUUCGAUACUAAACUUUUAAAGUGUUUAUGUCUUUGGAUGAAUCCAUUACAAGAUCAACUGCGGGCGGUGAUGAGAGAUUUGAAACAAGGAAUCACUUCGAUUUAUACGACAAGAAUGUUGCAAUUAAUAACAACGUUUAUACGACUGGCAUGUGUUGUUGAGGCGAGGUCACCUUGUCCCGAUAUACAUGUGGAGUUGACCAAGAGCCCGGAGACCUGGAAGAGUCAGUACACACCGAAGAGAUCCUUAUCCUGUGGUCUGAACCACUGGGCGCUGGCGGAUGAGGGCAACGCAAGGGUCAUGAUGACUGACACUCCGGUCAACACUGAAAUAAUAGGCAGAGUUCUGGAUGUGGCUUGUGGGAGACAUCAUACUUUGAUACUAACAGAGAAUGGACUGUACGCGGCGGGCGACAACCGCUACGGUCAGCUGGGCGUGGGGCGCGCAUGGGCGGGCGCAGGGGGCUCGGUGGGCGAGGCGGCGGGCGCGGGGGGCGCGCUGCUGCACGUGCGCACCCCCCAGCGCGCGCCCGCCGCCCCCUUCGCCGCCGUCGCCGCCGGACACUACCACUCCGCAGCGCUCGACCUCGGCGGCCGGCUCUACACCUGGGGAUGGGGAGUCCACGGGCAGCUUUGUCUCGGCAAUAUUGACGAUCAAUACACACCACAGUUGGUUACAAAAUUUCUUGGUAGAAAAGUGCAGAGCGUGGGGUGCGGCGCGAGCCACACGGUGGCGGUGAUGAAGAACGGCGAGGUGUGGGCGUGCGGCGCGGGCGUGUUCGGCCAGCUGGGCGGCGGCGCGCGCACCAAGGCCGCGCUGCCCGUGCGCGUCGCCCUGCCCGACCCCGUCACACACGUCGCCGUCGGAUACUUCCACACGUUGGCGCUGACGAGCAAAGGGCAGGUGUGGCGAUGGGGAGCGAGUCCGCAGCAAGUGCGUGCGAGCCAGGCACGCCGCGCGUCCUCCCCCACACCCGCACCCUCCCCCGCGACUGCCCCCGCCACUGACGUCACCCCCGCACCCGCCCCCACACCCGCCCCUGCCGCCACGGCCUCCCCCGACCCGCACCUGCUGCCGCAGCUGGUCGACACCAGGAAUGUACGCGGACGUAUCGUACAGUUGUCUGCGGGCUGGCAUCACUCGUGCAUACUGGACCACACGGGCGCACUUUACACAUGGGGACUGAACUUCGAUGGACAAUUAGGCAGUGGCAGUAGAAAGCAAGUAGUGAUACCAACGGAAGUUAAAACCCGACCUGAUCCUCAGCCUGAGGCAAAGGGCAGUCGGUCACCGGACAGCGAGGACAAUGUCACUAAAGCGCUGGUGGCUUGCGGGGGCGAUUUUACCAUUUAUAUAGAUGAUGAUGGUAAAAUAUAUGCAACCGGAAAUAUGAGCAAACAUUUGAUUAAUGAGAAGCCGAACAAUCGAGUAAUAAUGAUGAAGACAACAAAACGCGUGAUAAAGAUCCCCGCCAGUCGGAACAGCAACAAGUUCCUAUUCCAGCCGCUGGACCGCCUCGACGUCAUGUUCCCCUUCGACGUCGACCUACUGCGACGGAAACCCAUAGAACCCGCACCCAACCCAUUGCUCAACAUCAACGACUUCAAGAAGAAAUCCUGGCCCGAUGACGUCAUCCUACUCCUCCAACCCUGGAUCGAUCAGCAAAUGUUGAUAGAUAACCCAAAUAUGGCCGCUAAAUUCUCAUAUCACAGCAAAAUGUACUCAAAUUGUCUCGAUAUGUUACUAAAAUCUUUAAAAUCAGGUAUACCUGAUGAUCAAUUUUACAUCACACAUAAUGAAGAGUUAACCGCAAUGAAAAAGGAUGAAAUGAAAAUAUUAAUAACAAACACAAUAUCGAAACGAAUCAAGGAUAUAUCGAUGUCCAUAUUAAAUGAAGAAGAUUAUCCUAUAAUGGAAAAUAAUAUUUAUCAAGAAUUACCUUGUUGUUGUGAUGAAUCUAGUUAUUUUAAUACGAAACCUCAAAAUAUCACACAAAGUGAGAACAAUAUAUCGAUUAGAGCAGCAAAUGUUAUUGACAAAUGUAUCAGUAUAUUUCCCGUUGAUAAUGAACUCUGGGAAGUUUGUUUCCGUAUAUCAAAGGAUUUUUAUAUAAAUAAUAAUCUAUCUAUUCAAGAAUUGGAGAAAGUGUUGGUCAAAUAUAUGGAAUCUCAUCCGCCAACAAUGGCCGCCGCGUUAAUGUACUCGAAUGAUUGUAUGCAGUACAGCAAAAUAUUUUCACCCAAAUUCUAUUUGAAUAUGUGCAGUGAAGUACUCGAUUCUUGGGGAUGAAGUAAAAAAA